UAGUUUCUACUCAUGGUUGCUGCCGAUCAAAUCAAGCCUUGAUUCUCGUAGUUAAUGCUACCAGUACUACAAUAUGCUAUCAUGUAUUACCACAUACUACUGAUUUUCGUGAUACUCACUGCAUUUUGCACUGGAAAACGAUCAAAACUGCCAAUAUCACCUUUAAAAUACGAUCCGGAUGAUCCAUCAACUUGGGCGACCAUUGAUGACACAGAGAAAACAUCCGAACAGAAAGCGAAAAGCGGAAAGUCGAGUGGAAAGAACAUAUCGAAGAGUCCUUUGAAAUCAGAAGUCAAAACUCUUCUCCGCGCGCCCAAUGACAUGGAAACCGUGAACGACAUGGUGAGCGCAUGGGGCGCUGUCCAAGAGGAGCAAAAUCCUCGCUCUAUCAAUGUUCCAGUAAAAACUUAAUAGUGCAGCUUAUCCUCUAUUUCUGAUAUGAUAACAGGCCGUUCGUUGUAC